AGCACGGCUGUUUGACUUUCUGUUACUACUGUGUUCACAUCAUAUUCCUUCUAGGGUUGUGCUUAUGCUGAUGUUGUUUAAUAAGUUCAUACGUUUCCAUUCAUUGACAAAUUCAUCAAUAAAACUUCUCACAGACGUCCUCGUCAUUCACGUUAGAAGAUAUCAAUAAAACAAUCGAUGGGAAAACAAGCUUUGAUUUCAACUCAGAUCCUACAUUCGACAACUGAACCCUGCAAGAUGAAGACCACAACCGUUUGGUAUUUCGCCAUUGCUAUCUUAGUCUUACCUGUUACCGCAUUCCCGAAAAGUAACUCCACUGAGGAAACACCAAAUGAAGGGAAAAGAUUUCUCUGGGGUGGACCUGCCGCUCUUUUUUUUUUCGUUGGAGAGAAACGCCCAGUUGGCCUUCCUGACGUUGGUCGAGGGACAGAAAUACAGCAAGGAACGGAACCUUAUUUUGUUUCUCUCUUUGAUCCAUGCACAAACACUGCUUUCUAUUCAGCCUACAAAGUUAAACCCACGCAGGCAAAGAACCUUGGCAAGCAUUCGAGACCCGGUAAAGGUUGGAAUAAUCCUCCAGGUGUUCCUGGCGUUGACGAUGCCUAUAAAAUAGCCAACGCGGAGACUCAACGCAAGUUCAAUGCAGAACUUACCAGAGGCCAUAUGAAUCCUUCGGGAAUCAACUCAUUUGACCCAGAUUUCAUGAGGGCUACUUUCACUCUUACCAAUGCUGUACCACAGUUCGCAGCAUCAAACGGCAGAGAUUGGCAGGUUUUUGAGAAAAAGAUAAAAGAUUACGCUAAAAAUACCUGUGGGAGCCCAACCCGCCAGGGAACCCUUUACCUACUGACAGGCAGAUCAGAAAACGGCCUCAAUGCCGUACCCAAGCCGCCCCUUACGGACAAAUUUACAGUGAGACUAAAAAAUAUACCACUUGCAACUCCUCGAGCUAUUUGGACGGCGGGCUGCUGCGUGUGGAAGGAACCUGGAAAGCGGCUGGGAAGUUUAUGGAAAACUGAACGGGCCGAGUCCUUUGCAGUGAUGAGCAACAAUCAUUAUGAUCAAAGCCAGCUGCACCAGACGCAAAUGAGCAUAAUUAACCUACAGAAACACUUGUCAUCGGGGACGAAAGUGGAUCUGUUUCCAGGAAAUAAAAAUUGUGCCGCGGCUAUAAAUAACAUAACACUAUAAUGAUAAAACGUCGAGAAUUAUAUACUUAUAAUAUAAAACGUCAACAAUUAUAUACUUAUAUACACACACCAUUACUUUAAAACUUGGAUUAUUCACAAGAAAAUGUAAACCUUAAUGUCGUCAAAAUAAAACUUUCAGAUAACAGUGCUUGAAAACUGAUGGUAGAUCAUUCACGUAAAUAUCGAAUAAGAGAAGCCCUUGGGACGUCAC